AUGGUUCUCGCGGUCGAUCUCCUCAACCCUACGCCCCAGGCGGAGGCCCGCAAGCACAAGCUGAAGAUGCUUGUGCCUGCUCCUCGAUCCUUCUUCAUGGACGUCAAGUGCCCCGGUUGCUUCACAAUCACCACUGUCUUCUCACAUGCCCAGACCGUCGUCAUCUGCGCCGGCUGCUCGACCGUCCUCUGCCAACCCACUGGUGGCAAGGCUAGAUUGACCGAAGGCUGUUCGUUUAGGAGAAAAUAG